CUUCACCCUUUCUUGAAUAGUCAACAUCAUCUCUCGUUUCCUUUAUUGCUUUCUUUCAUAAUACCCCACGCUAUCUAUUGCGAAUGCGUUGAGUUCUCGGGAGGUCUGUUUAGGCUUGCUCUUAAGGGCGUGCGACAAUCAAGCUCAGUGGUUCAUGCAAACCCUUCUGAGGCUAUAACCUGAUUUACAGCGCGGCGAACCAUGAGCACUCACAAUACAGCAGAUGGCGCGAUUGAUGAUUCGCAAAGUGCUUCUGGCGAACUGGCAACCGCGCAUGACCGGUCUUGUAUAGCCAAGAGUGCAGUUCCUUCGAUCUCCAGCACGCAUUCGAGGUCGCUUUCCUCGACUAAGGUUGUCUCCUCGGUUCCAACAAAUCUCCUGCCUUCAGCGCCUGAAUCACCCCCUACUCCAGCUCCGAGUCCGACCCCUCAUCAAAGAUCUCCGACUUGGCGGGCAGCCGUAGAGGAAGAGGAAGAGGACGUAUUGCUGAACACUCAGGUGUACUUUAACUCUUUGAACAACGCCAAAAAGCAAAAAUUUCUCGAAGGACUCCUGGAUCUAUGUGAUCCUCAACAGCUCAGCUUCGUUUGGAGCUUUGUUGUUCCUCGUUUAAGGAAAGACCCAUUCCAGGUCUUUCCGAAUGAGCUAUGUUUAAGGGUUCUUUCGUUUAUUGAUGACCCGAAGACUUUAGCGAGAGCAUCACAAGUUUCGAAGCGAUGGCGCGAACUCUUGAACGAUGACAUCACCUGGAUGAAUUUGUGUGAGAAGCAUUCCUAUGCCUACCAGCGGCCUUCGGAUGACGAUCGAGAUCUUUUGGGCCAUUUGGAUAGCCAGCCUCUGCAUGCUGCAUCCGACACUCAAUCUUUUGGCGGAUUCCGAAGCAGGUCUACGGUGUCCAGCCUUCAAUCUCGGGACGGUUUUCCGGGACUUCCGCGAUCUCUAUCCGGGGACUGGCUCUCCUCAUCGAGCUGCUCUUCACGGAAACGGCGAGUCAGGCCUGUGUCAUACAGGUCGCAUUUCAAGCAGAGAUACAUGGUUGAAUCGGCGUGGAAUAAAGGUGGACGCUGCACACAAAGGCAUAUGAGUCCUGACCAGGGAGUUGUCACAAGCCUCCAUCUGACUUCGAAAUACAUCGUGGUUGCGCUCGACAACGCCAAGAUUCAUGUGUAUGAUACCAACGGAGACAAUCAGAAGACCCUCCAAGGCCAUGUUAUGGGCGUUUGGGCUAUGGUCCCAUGGGAUGAUAUUCUUGUGAGCGGUGGCUGCGAUCGAGAAGUCCGAGUAUGGAACAUGGCCACAGGGGCGGCAAUAUACCUUCUCCGUGGUCACACGUCUACCGUGCGCUGCUUGAAGAUGUCGGACAAAAACACGGCUAUCUCCGGCUCACGAGAUACGACACUACGAAUCUGGGAUCUCUCUACAGGUACUUGCAAGAAUGUCUUGGUUGGACAUCAAGCAAGUGUUCGUUGUCUGGCCAUACAUGGUGAUCUGGUCGUUUCCGGCAGCUACGACACCACGGCGCGCAUCUGGAGCAUAUCUGAAGGCCGCUGUCUGCGAACUCUAUCAGGUCAUUUUAGCCAGAUCUAUGCGGUUGCAUUUGAUGGUAAGCGUAUCGCAACAGGCAGCUUGGAUACCACUGUGCGAAUGUGGGAUCCUGAAACCGGACAAUGCAAUGGCAUCCUGCAGGGUCAUACAUCCUUGGUAGGACAGUUACAGAUGCGUGGUGAUACGUUGGUCACUGGAGGUUCCGAUGGCGCAAUACGGAUAUGGUCGCUGAUCACGAAUACGCCUAUCCAUCGACUGGCAGCGCAUGAUAACAGUGUGACAAGCUUGCAAUUUGAUAGCUCGCGUAUUGUUAGCGGUGGCAGUGAUGGUCGUGUCAAGAUCUGGAGUUUGGCGACUGGUCAGCUAUUAAGAGAACUGUCUACUCCCGCUGAGGCUGUCUGGAGAGUCGCAUUUGAGGCAGAAAAGGCCGUUAUAAUGGCAAAUAGGUCAGGUCGAACAGUCAUGGAGGUCUGGAAUUUCUCGGCACCGUCCGAGGACAGCGGGGACGAAGCCGCGAUUGAAAGUACUGCUAGCACGCCGGGUCCUUACUCAAGUCCAGUUGAGAGUCGGCACCGAGAGCGCUUCUCCGAUCCGCCUCCCACGCUGUCGACAAGUAAUGAUAACGAUCAUUCAAUGGUGGAUGCCCCGUUGUCUUGAUGACGAUGUGACUGGCCUGAUGAUAUCAUGAGCACGCUUAGCCCCUACGUCUCACAUCAUCUCAAGCGCCUUCAAGUGUAUCAUUUGAUGUUGGCGCCUGAUACAUACAUUUCGACUCGUGGGUAUAGGUAGCGCAACUAAAAUCGACACAAGGCCAAUUGCGGCCAGGUAUCCUUCUAUAUAUGCAUUCUGGGUGUUGGGUAGGACAUAUUGCUUGGAUCAUGGUUUUUUUUUUUCUUUCGAGCCCGCUGGAAACGUGGUGUGGAGUUUUACAUGUGGCAGUUGGGGUUCUUCUUGUGCUGCUGGAGUCUCAGAGAGGAAUAGCCCCAGCGAUGUUCCAUGCUUUUUAUGUUUGUCUUGUGUUUCAGUUUCUAAACGAGGGUUAGACGAUACCUGUCUUGGGAC